AUGACGACAAACCCAAAUAUUGUAAUUGUUGGUGGAGGAUAUGGUGGAAUAGCCGUAGCCACAAAACUCGAAUCGUCCCUUCAUAAAACUCAUCAAAUCAUUCUUAUUGAACGUAAAACUCACUUCUAUCAUUCAAUUGGAGGUCUUCGUACAGUUGUAGAAGAUGGAUUUGAGAAGAAAGUUAUUGUUGAUACUGAAACUGAAUUGGGAACUCAUAUACCAUUUAAAUAUUUGAUAAUUGCUACUGGAUCUAAUCAUUCUAAACCCGCAAAGAUGAUAAAGAAGAGGGUCCCGUGGGCAUUGGUAGAACUUGCGGGAGAAAUUGCAUCAGUUUAUCAAGACAAAGAAGUUACACUUAUUCACGCAGAAAAUCAUUUGCUUACGGAUAAAUUUCCAAAGAAAAUGACUGACCUUCUUGCUAAACAAUUGAGAGAAUUAAAUGUAAAGCUUAUUUUUGGAGAAAAGGGUACACAAAUUGAAUCUGAUGUUCAAUUCGUAGCUUUUGGUGCGAAGCCAAAUACUGAAGUUAUAAUAACCUUGGAUCAAUCAUUAAUCGAACAACAUACUACUCUAGUUAAAGUUAAGCCAACUCUUCAAUUGGAAAAUGAUAAUUAUGCACAUAUAUUUGCUCUCGGGGACAUAACAAAUAUUAAAGAAACAAAACUUGCCUAUCGUGCUGGUCUUCAUGCUGAUGUCGUAACUAAGAAUAUUAUUGCGCUCAUUAAUAAUAAAAAAUUGGUUGAAUAUAGCCCAGGUGCUGAAGCUAUGUUAGUGACCAUUGGAAAGAAUAAAGGCGCAUCUCUUUUACCAAUGGGUAACAUGGUCGUUGGUAGUUUCAUGACGAAAAAUAUCAAAGGAAAAACUCUUAUAGUUGAUAAAACAUGGAAAUCAUUGAACGCAACACCUGCUGCAUAA